AUGAACGCAUUUAUUCUCCUCUUCAUUGCACUUGCUACUGCUGAAGAUAUAUACUCUCCAUUUAAAAGAAGUUGUGUAAUUCAAAAUAGAAUUAAUACUAUUACUGCACAAACUAAGGCUAUUCAUAAUAAAAUAAGAGCUGAUGAACAACAAGAGAGAAAUCUUAAUGAUUCACUCUAUUACCUUUAUAGAGAUCUUAAAUAUGCUACCGUUGCUGAAGAUAGAGCAAGACUUGAACUUGAAAUUGAGGCCAUUCAAAAGAAACUUCAUUCAGUUAGAAUUCAUAAAGUUAAUAUGUUGAGAGAUAUUAGAAAGGAAACUGAUAAAAUUACUGCUCCAUUCAGAGAUAGCAUUGCUAGAAGUAAUAAAAUUGAAAGACAUGUUGGACUUGAAGAUGAAGGAAACUUUGUUGAUGAAAGAUUAAAGACACAAGCCACUAUUAAGAAAGUUACUUCACAACUUGCAAACAAAUAUGCUACACUUGCUGCUAAAGUUGCUGCACAAUCUAAUGUUGCUAAAGCCGCUAAGAAGUUCAACAAUGAUGCUGCUAAGGUUCAAGCCUUUGUUGCUAAAAAAGCUGAAGCCGCUUACACUAAAGUUCAUUCAAAGAUUGUUAAAGCCAUUUCAGCUGCUGUUGAAAAUGGUGUUGCUAGAAAUAAUGUUGAGACUGUUGCUAAAACUGCCAUUGAACAAAUUGUUGAUAAACUUAUGAUGAAAGUUGCUGCACAACCAUCAGUUGAAGCUGCUGAUAAAGUCGCACAAAAUAUUGUUAAGUCACAACUUAAACAAAUUAAAAAAGCUGUCAAAGUUACUCCAAAGAAAGUAGUUAAGAAACCAGCUAAAAAGGCUGUUGCUAAGAAAGUAGUUAAGAAAGCUGCUCCAAAGCCUGCUGCCAAAAAGAUCGCUAAGAAAUAA